UUUUUGAUCGCAUUCGCAACCGUCCCCGGCGACGACGGCGUGUACAGUUUUGUACAUCUACCUGCACCGUGUCCGCUGCACACAAGUUACAACGCCGGGUCGCCGGCCCUCGACGCGCGCGAGCUAGGGGCGCUCUCUCUCUCUGGUCUGGUGCAUGCAUGGCGGGGCUGCAGCGGUCCAGCGAGACGUUCCGGCGGCCGGGCUCGUCGGGGCUGGUGUGGGACGACAAGAACUUCUCGGGGGAGAUCAAGCCGGCGGUGGCGCCGGAGGACGGCGGGGGCACGGCGCACAGUCGCUCGGCUGGGCACAGGCACGCGGGGUACAAGGCCACGGGGCGCGAGCCGCCUGCGCUCGCCCCGCCGUCGCCGCGCAUCGCCGUGUGCGGCUUCUGCAGAAUCUUCCGCGGCGGCGGCAAGGCCAAGGGCAGGGGCAGGGGCGGCGACAGCGCCAAAGUCAAGGGGAGGCUCCACUGAUACCGAUCUCGUACGUACCUCCUGCUCCGGGAGUCGGAGUCCGGGUAUGUACCGGCGGCGAUCGGGAGGGAGUUCGGGACACGAUCAGCUCAGCAUCGAUCACACAUCACGCGCCGAGUUUAUUUGGUAGGUUCCUGUUAGUUUUGAGUGACGCCCUCUAUCUUGUGAUUUGUGAUGAAUUAUGAGCUGUGUCAUCUCAUGUCCUGGACUUGACCCUGGCUGCAAUAUAUACUGUCUAGACA